UUGGAGGAGAGUGAAGGAGACAAAUUCAGUGCCUCUAAACACUCACUCAAAAGCAAAAGAGAAAAGGCAAAUCACGAUUGAAUUGAAUCAUCAAUUUCAAGAAAACCCAUUAUUGAUCAUCGAUCCUAUGACCGGACAAUAAAGCAUUCGAGGUCAUAAGCAAUGAACGGGAGCCGGCCAACGGUGCAUCCAGUGGAGGCGCCACCAUUGACCAAUGGGAAUCAGAACGGACCGAGGAUGAGGAUGAAGGAUGUUCAAGGCAUGCCUGGGACCCCUGGCGGUCUCGCUCUUCGUGUUACUCAGUUUGUAUUUGGUCUCAUCUCUCUUUGUGUCAUGGCCACCACCAGCGAUUUCCGGUCUGUGACGGCGUUUUGUUACCUAGUGAUUGCUGUCAGCUUGCAAAUAUUGUGGAGCUUCUCGGUGGCUAUUGUUGAUGUUUAUGCCCUUUUGGUGAAAAGAAGUCUCAGAAAACGCAUAAUUGUUCGUCUUUUUGCAAUCGGGGAUGGGAUUACAUCCACCCUCACAUUUGCAGCUGCUAGUGCAUCUGCUGGCAUCACAGUUCUUAUUGGCAAUGAUCUUAACAAGUGUUCUAUAAAUCACUGCAGUAGGUUUGAAACUGCUACAGCCAUGGCAUUUAUCAGUUGGUUUGCCAUGACACCAUCUUUUCUAAUGAAUUUUUGGUCUUUGGCUUCCCAGUAAGAACUGGAUAUGCGGAAUCUUUACAUACGCUGUGUUUUUUUGCGGUCCUUUUCUUGAUGAUUUUCAGUGGAGAGAUUUCCAAUUGCAAAUAGUUUUGUAGAUGGACAGAUACAGUUUGGUCUGCUUAGUUCAAUUUUGAAAUCAUCAAUUGCAAUAUAGUACUUUUUAUUGCUAGUAAUAUAUAAAACUGGAUUACUUGCAAAGUAGCAUAACUAUUGUGUCUAUCGCCAACACCCACCCUCCUUUCUCUCUCUCCUCCUCCUCCUUACAAUGGCUUUGAGAAGCUGAUGAAAUCUAAGCAGAGUUUACAUGCAAAUGGAAGCCAAGAACUCUAGUGCUAGAGGUGCUUGAUUUCAGACUCCUAUUAUAAGAAUGUGAUAAAUUUUAUUUUCAGUUACAGUUUGAUUAUAAUUGACACUUGAAAUGUGUAUCUUUAUGUUUUAUAAUCUUUUCGGAGUCGGUCAAGGGCCAAGAAGCAACAUGUGUUACAUGCAUAGGGGUUGCAGAUAUAAUGUGAUACCAGUGUUUCUUAUUUAUGUACCAUAAAUAUAACACUCAACUAAUUUGGCAAUAGUUUUAUCCUCUUGACUAUUUUUAGGAAUAUUUAUCAUAGUUUCUGAUCACAAGGAUUGUGUUUCGUAUGCGUAAUAGAGAAGAGACGGAUAUGCAAGAUAAAAGUCUUUAUCCUCUUUUUAUUGUUUGUUAAGAAGGCAAAUGGUAACGGCCAAUUUGAGAUUUCUUAAUGCCAAGUCAUCUCCUCCUGUGUUAUUACUAUAUAUUAAGCUUGACCUGUUGAGCUUUUUGAGAGUGACGGACAAGAGAGGAUUUAAUUAUGUCAAGAAGAGAAGAAGAAGAAGAAGAAAAACAAGAAGAUGAAAGGAGAUUGUAUCAAUGCGCGAGGAAGUAUGAAAAGAUUAUAAAACAGUUUGACGAGUUGAUUGAGAUGAUGAACAACAAACCCCGACUGCCAAAACGAAGAAAACUGUCUUCUAGUUGCAGAGGAAGCAGCAAUGCUACUGUCUGUUUGUCAGCAUCCUCAAGUCAACCAGACAACAAUAAAGUAAUUGUGCAGACAAUGAAACAAUUUCUCCAUGACUUGGAAAUGGAAGCCAAAACAGAUUCUGAUUUCUCAGUCACCAGGGAAACAUAAUAGCUCCCUUUCUAUUUGAUUCCACCUUCUAAUUGUUUUCAACUGGUUCGCCAGAUUAUCAAAUGAGCCUGUUUACAUGUUUAAUAAUAAGAUGUUGCAAAUGAACAACCAUGCAGAACUUUUCUGAUUCCA